UUCAUUACAGGUGGCAUUGCUAACCAUGGCUGCAAUCAGUCCUGUGUCACGUGACAGCAAUCUGUACUGGUAUAAAGGAUUCUGUUUUAUAAAGGAUAUGAUGUCAACAGAGUUUAUAGAUUCACUGAAGGACUUUAAAAUAAGAGAUGAUGAUGUUUUCUUGAUUACAUAUCCAAAAUCAGGAACCAUUUGGACUCAGCAAAUAUUAAGCUUAAUAUGCAGUGAAGGACACCGAAAUGGUACUGAAAAAAUUGACACUAAUGACAGAGUGCCAUGGCUUGAGUUCAGAACAAUAAAUGCUUAUGAAGAUUACAACAUUCGUCCUUCACCUCGUAUGUUUGUAUCCCAUUUGUCAGAAACAUUUGUUCCACGAGGACUGAAAAAUAAAAAGGCAAAAGUUAUCUAUGUAAUGAGGAACCCAAAGGAUGCUAUGAAGUCUUUUUAUCAUUUUCAAGACAUGGCUGUUUUAGCAGAGAAAUCACCAGAUUUUCAGCACUUUUUUGAAAAAUUCUUGGAUGGAGAAGUUUUUGCAGGCAAAUGGUUUGAUCACAUACGGGGAUGGUACACUCACAAGGAUGAGUACAAUAUCCUUAUCCUAAAAUAUGAAGACAUGAUAAAGGACCUUCGCUCUGUUGUCAAGCAAAUCUCCACAUUUUUAGGGAUAAAAUUAGAUGACGAGGCGAUGGAUAUUGUGGUAAAAAAAGCAUCUUUUAAUGAGAUGAAAAAGGAUCCUCUUGCAAAUAAAGAAAAUAUGCCUGAAGACAUUAUAGAUAAUAAAUCUGGGUCAUUUAUGCGUAAAGGCCAAGUUGGAGACUGGAAAAACACAUUGACUGUGGCACAAAGUGAACUGUUUGAUAAACUAUUCCAGGAAAAAAUGGGAGAUUUAUCACUAAAUUUUACCUGGCAAAUCCCCGAAUGAACAA